CUCUGAUUUCCAGAGGUGCUUGUCAAGGUGGGAAGAAAUUCAACGUUCCGACCAAAUAAAUCAACAAAAUAUGGCAACAAUCAAUUACAUCAGUAUUGACGAAAUGCUCACCCACGUGGGAGAAUUUGGUUUGUUUCAAUGGUUGUUGGAUGCAAUGUUCUGCGUGAUGGUAUUCCCACAGUCAUAUCAGGUGUUGAUUAUGUACUUUGCAGCAUUAAAUCCUGAUUGGCAAUGUGUUAAUGGUACAGAGUGUCCAUACAACGGUACCUUAAAUAGCAAAAACACUUCACGAUGCGACAUGCAACGAAGUUCAUGGGAAUAUACAAAACCAAAAGAUUAUUCCAUUGUGACAGAGUUUGAUAUUAUUUGUGGCAAAGAAUGGCAAAUCCAUUUAACUUCUUCGAUUUUCUUUUUAAGUUGGGGAAUUGGCGCUAUAGUCUUAGGAUAUUUUGCAGAUAAAACCGGAAGAAAAAGUAUAAUCUUCCCAUCAAUUUUCGUUAUUAUUAUCGGUGGCUUAAUCACGUCCUUUUUACCAAAUAUUUACAUUUUUGUUGUCGCAAGAUUCAUAGUGGGUUUUUUCACACCAGGAACUUCCGUGCAAGAAUUUGUUUUGAUUAACGAAGUCGUUGGCAGCAAGUACCGCCCGAUUGCAGGAAAUCUCAUUUGGUUUUGCUUCACACUUGCCUUGUGUGCGCUUGGUCUUCAAGCUUACUUUAUUCGACAGUGGAAGUAUCUCUUCAUAGCAUGUACUGCUCCCUACAUAUUUGUCUUGUUGUUCUACAAAUUUGUACCUGAAUCCGUUCGAUGGCAAAGAUUAAACGGUAAAGAUGAACAAGUGGCCGAGUGUUUUCGUCGUAUUGCAAGGUGGAACAAGAAAGAAAUUCCUGAAGGUGUACAGGUUGAACGGAGAAGUAGUAAUGAUAUCUCACAUCAUGCCAGUCCUCUUGAUCUGUUUGUACAUCGAAAGAUAGCAAUUCAAACACUUGUGCAAGGUUAUGCUUGGCUUGUGAAUGGAAUGGUAUACUAUGGUUUAUCGUUAGCAGCAGACGAUUUAGGUGGUUCUAUUUAUGCUAAUUAUGUGUUGCUGAGUGCCAUCGAGUUCCCUGCUACGUUGUUUUGUGUGUACAGUUGUGGAAAGUUCGGACGAAAAAAAACUGUCAUUUAUUCCCUAAUUAUUGCGAGUACAACUUGCGUUAUCGUUGCAUUCGUACCUAGUGAUGGAGGAGGACAUAUUGCUCGAAUCGUUUUAGGUCUAAUUGGCAAGUUUUUUAUCACAUCGAGUUUUAACGGUAUUUAUACGUGGUCGGUGGAGAUUUACCCUACAAAUAUUCGAGCAGAGGGAAUGGGGUUUCUGCAAGUAACAAGUCGAAUAGGAGCUGCCUCGUCACCUUGGAUUGCGAAAGGAUUAAAAGUUCUCCACGAAGCCGUUCCAUUUGCUGUCAUGGGAACACUAGGUUUACUUGGAGUGGUCUUUUUGUUUCUUUUACCAGAAACCAAAGGUAUGGCGACGUGUGAGAGCGAAAACGUAGACGGUAAAGUAACCUCCACGGAAAUUGGUAUGGAAAACAUGGCGCAGGCAAAAGAAUAAAUCCUUCUGUACAUACAAGUGACAUCUCAGCAACCCUUUUCUUAUUAUUUUAAAAUAUAAU